AUGUCAUUCGGGUCUCAAUGCUCAACAUUCGUGAAUCCAACGAUGCGAUCGCACGGAUGGAACAUUGAGCUCCUCACAGCGCCCGGCGGCGUUCCUUUCGCUGGCGUCUUCCAACCGGCAAAGGAUGUUUUCAUGACGUUUCGCGACAUGGUCGACGAGAUGCGUCUGAGUUUCGAGUUCCAGGACGAGAGCUCGGAUAUGUGGGAUGAAGUUACUUUCAGCCUUUUGGAUAUUUUGAAUGUGACUGAGGGCGAAUGUCCCGCUCCCAAGUUUGUGCAUGGCAGUGGGCUGGAUCAACCAGUUCCCGCCCUUCCUGCGCUAGACCAUGAUGAUCCUGAAGACCGUGUGAUCCUCCAGUACCGCGUUUUCAAGCACCGCAAUUGCAGCUUGUCAGCUGAUCAGCCAUUCAAGCGUCACUUUGAGGUCGGAUGCGCACAGCCCAUUUCCAAGCCUGUCCGCCGGCUGGAGCCACGCUACCUGCCUCCUAAGAAGGCCUCAACCGACUCGCGAUACGCUGCCUACCCGCUCGGCAAAACAGUACGCGGAAAGAAACCUGGUUCUCCCUCGAAGCGAUCAGCAUCAGGUUCUGUAUCACCGCGUAAGGAUCCGGGCAUGGACCAAGCUGAGGCUGAUGAGGACUUCGCCAAUAUGGUCGCGCCCCCGGAAUGCAACAUCUCCGACGAAAGAGCCAAAACCACCAUAGCUAACUUUCGCACCUCUUGCCUCACAUCAGCCAGGCACCCAACCAUCGGGCCGGCGCUGCAGGCCUGCCACAUUGUAUCUCAGCUGCAGUAUCAUACAUACCCCGACCCGGAAGCUGAUGCCAACGAAAUGCAUGACGGCGGCGAGAGGGCGAGUCGGCGGCGUUUGGAGCAAGCCUGGGAAUGCACCUGGGCUCCAGAGAACGGGGUCCUCCUCUUCAGCCAUCUCCACGACAUGUUCGACCAGCGGCUCUUCUCGAUACACCCGGACACUCUCCAGAUCCGCGUCUUCAUGCCAUACGACAUCCUCCUCGCGUACCAUGGCCGCAGAGCCAAAGUGCAGCGUCGGGUGGACAGGGCUGUGCUACGCCAUCACUACGACAUGUGCUGCAUUGAGAACAUGACCGCCAGGAUGCCUUUCGUAGAGCAGCUGCCCCGGACGGGAAGUGUCGCAUCGACGUCUGGUAUCAAUACUCCGCUCGACAUUCGACCGACGCUGGCAGGGAUCGCAAUCCGGAGGAUAAUGGAGUCGCCCUCCGAGCAGAACCAGGGCGAAGAUGGACAACGUCCUGAUGGUGACCCCUCCAAACGGGCUCGGCACCCUGAAAGACAACACAUGCCCGAUUUAACGAGGGAUUGCACCGACUUGUCUGUAUCUCCAAGCGACAGACCAAUGGACGACUCAACUGCUUCUCCCAACCUCUCAUGCCCACGCAAACGCAAACGAGAACAUGUCGCUAGUUGCCUUACUGUGCGCACCCGCUUCAGGAAUAAAUGGCCCAGUGCAUGUGGGUGA